UAUAGAGUGAACCAAGGAAAGCAGGUGUGUGGGAUGAUAGCUGUCACCUGUACCUGCGUCACGCCACCUGUCAAGCCUCACCAGCAACUCAUACAGGGAAUAGGUGUUCCAUAGGACCCUCAUUCUGAUACACCUCCGCGCCGCAUCUCUACUUCUUUCAAAACAGCUCUACGUAGUCGAAGCUGCACGGGUUUUUAAGGAUGUUUUUAUAGUUCUAGAGACAGAUUAACAAGAUUCCUACAUUAUUAACAAGAGAAACAGUUUUGGGUAUCCGGCUUAUCAUCUCUGUGGCCUUGGAAAAUAGUCGUGGUGAGAGUGAAGCGUUUCUGAACACCGGGGCAUAUUACCUCAAUGUUACACAAGAGAACUGGUAUUGCUGCUUCUGUAUAAUGGCAGAUAAGACAACGGGUGGCUUUGAUGGAUGUGUUAUAGCUGUGAGUCAAUAGAGAAGUGAGGUGAUGCUUUGAGAAAUUGGUGAUAAGAGUAAGACAGGAAUAAUUAAGUGAUGCUUCAAUACCUGUGCUUGCCGCCACGUGAAGACCAGCGUAUGGAUACCAGUGGCUGGUGAAAGGACUGCUGAAGUGACGCUUUGAGUGGUGAGGAUGAGAGUAAUGUGAGUGAGAUGCUUAACAGAUACUUCAAGGAGUGGUAUUGACAGGAUAACGAAUUGAUGCUUUGUUGACCCUAAUUAACCUCAAACUCAAGAUUACUGUGCCGAAGAGAAGGUUUUAGGGGUGAGGAUGAGAGAAUUGUGAGUGAAAUGCUUCAGAGAUAUUUCAAGGAGUGGUAUUGACAGGAGGAUAACGAAUUGAUGCUCUGCUGACCCUAAUUAACCUCAAAAGCAAGAUUACUGUACCGGCAAGUGAAUGAAUUGCCCAAGGGAAGGAUUUAGUGGUGAGAGCGAAGUGAAUGAAAUGCUUGAGAAAUAUUUCAACCAGUGCCAUUGAGAGACGGAUAACGAAAUGAUGGUCUGUUACCCCUAAUUACUCCUCACAGCCAAGAUUCAUGUACCGGCAAGUGAAUGAGCUACCCAGCAGAAGGUGAGAGUGGUGGUGGUGAGUGAAGUGAAUGAAGCACUGCAGAAAUGUUUCGAGAGGUGGAUCUGAGAAAGGUGACGAAGUGAGGAUGUUAACGAUAAUUACCUUUAUUUGUUAAUGUAAAAGGUGAGUAAAUGAACCUAGAUAUUUAUAGAGAUUCACUUCAGAAAAAAAGUAACGAGGUAAUGGUCUGAUAAUCUCUAAUUGCUCUCCAAGUUAAGAUUGCCGUACAUGUUUAAUGAGUGAACUAGUUACGAACAUUUCAAGAGAUGAUUUUGAGCAAAGGGUAACGAAAUGGUGCGCUGAGAAUCUCAAAUUGCCGUAAACAACUUGAGAAUCUUUUCGAGCGAUGGAAUUAAGAGAAAGUUCACCAAACAUCUUGUAAUCACCUAGGGAGUUAAGACUGCGUACCAGUGAAUGAGGGAACGAAUCAGAGAGGAAACGUUUCGAGCUGUGGAUUUGAGAGCAAGGUGACGAUACAACGCUCUAAUCACCAAAUCACCCUCUGAUUUAAGACUGCUGUGUCUGUGAUAACUACAAGACAAGAUCGGAGCCAGUACGGGUAGAAGACAGCGGAGAGUGUCACAGAGGCUGCCUGGCCAUGACCGAGCGAGGCUGGCACCGCAACGCAACACUGUCCUCUCUCCUUCUCAACCUCCCCGUCGCUUCAUCAGCCACACACGCCCCUGGGAAACACUUUAACAUCCCACCCCUUCCCUGCUGGCGCUAAAAGGCUGUGUGACGCGAGAGGGAGAAAAAGUGAUUUAUCCUGAGCGAGUCAACCUUUCCUAAUGAAGCUAUUGAUAAACUUAGCUUCUGUCGCCGCUGCCUUGUCCCUCACUGUUUGAUGUGAGCCGGAGCAAACGCAACGAGAAGAAUCCUGUUAGUUUUCACCCUUUGAAUUCGUCUCUGAUCUGUCUAGUUCGCGUUUGGUGCAGUAUGUUUAAGCUUCUGUGUUAGUUGAAUGUGAGACUUCCCCUCGUCCUCCUCCUGCUUCUUCCUAGUGUAAGGGCACGCAUGUGAUUAAGGGUUUGUGUGUUGUUGCCAAGUAUGAUUUAGGGGUUUCUUCUACAGUGGACGUAAGUGAAGAAAACUGACGCAGGACUGAGGAAGGCCUGGUGCUGCUGUGGCUUAGUGUGGAGUGAGGUGUGCUGUUGUAGUGGAUUCAUAUGCUAGAGUGAGGAAAAUUCUGCUACUGCUACUAAUGGAUUGGAGGAAGUUAACUGUAGAUGUUUUAUAAGUUAGAGAAAAACUUUGCUGCUACUACAACUAUUAUUAAUACUACUACUCGUAUGAAAGACUGGAGGAGGUCUGUUGAAGAUUUAUAAGUUAGAGUGAGAAAAAUGAUGUUCUGUUGAGUAUACAAGCUUUGCGAAGGUUAUCCUGAAGUGGGCUGGCGUAGACUGAAGGAGGCUGCGUGCUGUGACGAUAUAAGACUGAAGGAAAAGUGUGUGUUGGUACUACGAAAGACUGAAAAAGGCCUUGUGUUGCUGUCACGAUACUAGACUGAGGGAUAAGUGUGUUGUUUAACCUUUCAAGACUGAAGAAGGGCUUGUUUUGCUGUGAAUGCAUGUAGACUGAAGGAAAAGUGCCGCUGUGAUGGAAGACUGUGGGAGGUCAUCAGCAGUGGAUCUAGACUGAAGAGGAAGCAAAUUGUAAACAGAAAAGUGCGCCUUGUGAAAUACUUAUGAGCUUAACAUUCGAGACACAGAAAACGUAUAAUUUGCUCAUAAAGAAGGACAAUGGAAAGUCAUAAUUUUUAGCUGUUUAUACAAGAGGUUGUGUCUAGUGGAAUCAUACAUAUAACUCAUAAAUCAAGGCAGUGAAUGUGUGUAUUUCGUAUGUGAAGGAAAGGAAAGAUGUAAACAGUGAGGCAUAAUAACGAAGGCUGCCAAAAUAUGUAUCUAAUGAUAGUAAAACAAAAAAAAAACUGCUAAAACAAAUACUCGGUAAUAGUAAAAGAUAAGAGAAAGAGAAAAAGGAAAACUAAAUAUUUAUCUGAUUCUUCAAGUCAAGGUAGUAAAUGUGUCUUUUGUUUUACGUGAAGGAAAGAGAGAAUGCGAACAGUAAGUCAUGAUAAUUAAGACUGUUGAAACGAAUAUACGAUAACAGUAAAAGAAGAAAGAGAAAAACAAAAACAAAACUGUGAAUAUUGAUCUAAUUCCUCCCAGACCAAAACAGUGAAUGUGUACAGUUUGGCACCAUGAAGCACUGAUAAUGGAAGCUCUCAUGAUGCAAAAGUGUCAAAAUGCAAAUAAAUUCUCCACACGCUAAAAGAAUGAGUGUACAUUUCACUUCUCGUGCAGGGGAAGAAAAAUGAAAACCGUUAGUCAGAAUUUAAAACACUUCCUACGUAUAUAAUUUCCCAUAAUUCCAAGCACAAAAAGGACAUUUAUUUUCACCCAGCCAAGGAGAAGAAAGAAAAAUGAGCAGAAAAAAUUGCCAGUCAUAAUUUUAACUCCACCUCCACUCCCUCUCUCCCUCUGCCCCGUGAAGUGAAAAAACGCUAUACUCUGUCCCGGAAUGUAAGUGGCUCGGUUGACUUGUAAGACUCGUAUUAUGACCUGAUCUCGAAUCCUGCUUCAGUCUCUUCUUCUUACUGAACUCCGGGAAGGCUGGAGAAGAGUAAUUCCUUAACUUUCGGAAAUAUUGACCUCGUUACGAAAAUUUCCGCGAGUUUUUGGCAGUUUGGUUCUGUAGCUUCCACGGGAUGAAAAAUCUGUGCUGGUAAAAGUGAGCGAAGAGAAAGAGAGAGAAAAGAGAUAGAAAGAAAAAAAAAACUAUGAAUCUCUCUCCGCAUCAGGAUAGAGAGCAGGAAAGACGAGAUAUAUAUACAAGACGUGUGUGAAAACCAGAGAGAACAACAGGGGCACAUAGAGAUAAAACAGAGAACAUUGAGAUACACUCCUCGAAUAAAUAGAUUAAUAAAAAGUUUUCUGCCAUGUCGAUAGACUGGGAAAGAAUCGAGAACUGAAAAGACACCAAUACAAACUUAAAUUACAUAAAGAAAAGGGGAAAAAAGCAUAGACGAAAUAAGAAAGAGAGAAAAUAAAAUAUACAUGGGAAUAAAUUAAAGUAAAACAAAGGUAACAAGUCAAAAAAAGAACGAAUAAAAGCCACGAGAAAAAAAGAAAGAAGGAAAAGUGUGUCAGGUAAGAGGAUAGGAAGAAGAGUAAUAGACAGACAUGGAGGUAAAGAAAAGGAAAUGAAGAAGAAAUAAUCUCUGGAAGAGGGAACGGAAACACAAAAGAAGGAGAGAGAAAGAAAGACAUCAAGAAAAGUGUAUUAGAUAAGAAGAUAGAAUAGAAGCAGAGGUAUGAAGAUUAGGGAAAGAUAUUGAAGAAGUAGCAGAAGAAAAAGAAGAAGAAGAAGAAGAAGAAGAAGAAGAAGAAGAAGAAGAAGAAGAAGAAGAAGAAGCACCACAUACUGGAAAACACGAAGCAUAAACUUGAGAUAAAGAAAGAAACACAAAGAAAGCAAACAAUACCAAACAAGAAGAUAGAAAACAGGAAAGCGAAGACAAACAAAUACGAAAACCCGAAAAAAGCCACACACACGAACACAAACACAAGAAAACACACCAGAAACAUGCAGGAGGACAACAAACCCAAAGAAAAACAAACAAGACACAAACCACUGAAAUGAAACAAGCACCACAUUAACACACAAACCAAACCAAAACCCUUAGGAGACAAUGCCACUGAAAGACGAGCAGCAGAUGAAGGAGGAGACAGCAAUAGAGGAGAAAGACGAGAUGAACAGCGGGCCCUCGAUACUGAAAUAUGAACCUAACCUGAGAACCUUACCUGACAAAUACCUGGACCAGAUUAUCCAUGUGCUGGAGUCCUUCCCUAACGAAACCGUGGAUAUAGGAAAGCCUCACCUACGCAAAUCUUUAGAAACGGUUUAUCCUUUGUUCCUUGUGCUCUACGGCGUGGUGAUGGUGGCGGGGGCUGUCGGGAAUGUAGCUAUGGCGUUGCAGAUACUCCGUCGGCGCCUGUAUAGAGAGUCCACGAGUGCUUAUCUCCUCAACGUGGCCCUGUGUAACGUCCUUAUGGUGGCGGUGCUGCUCCCUUUCUCCCUCGCCAUCCUGCUUAUCCAAAACUGGGUCUUUGGCAGCUUCCUCUGUUACUUCAUCCCCAUGCUGCAGGAUGUUCCCCUUCACGUUACGAUGGGGACCCUGCUGGCGGUGGCCGGGGACUCGUAUCGCAGGGUGGUGUCGCCUCACAAGCCACCGCUGCCGCCUUUCCCUGCUGUCCUGGCUACGUGGGUCCUUGGAGUCUGCAUCGUCCUCCCCUACGCCCUCUACAUGCACUACAUUGACCUGCAGGUGUUGCUCGGUCCACAGUUUGCAGGAGUGGGAAUCUGCACCGUAAAUUUAGAAGAUGAUGUGACGGAGUACAUUCACUGCCUCUUCAUUAUUCUAUUCGUGCUGCCGCUGGGGGUUGUGGCUUUCCUACAAGUGCGCGUAGGGGUCGUCUUGGCAUCGAUGGACGACCCCACGCCCCCCUCGCCGCCCCGUCACCUUGAUCUCGGCCCCCCAGAUCCCCACCCCCGCGUCUGGAACCUGCACGCCGCCGACCACGUCUUCUCCAGCUCACUCCUGACGGGGGGCGAGGGGCGCGCCCUCUGCUCAGACCACCACCAGAUCCCGCCCUUCCUUCCCAGGGGCGCGGCGGAGGGGCGUGGCGCGGCGUCCCCCUCCCAGCAGCCGCCUCUUCAUGAUGGCUGCGUCCUUGUGGAGGUGGCGCGGGAGAGGAGAAACCAUCGCUACCUCGUCACCCUCGUCAGUGCCUUCGCCGUGUGUGUCACCCCGCUUAUGGUGCUCAGGCUGGUGAAGAACAUGGUGAUGGAGACGACUCAAAACUCUGCCCACUUUGACCUGACCUUCAUAUCGCUGGUGUGGGUCGCCUUCCUGCCCACCCUCACCACACCUGUCCUCUACGCCGCCUGGAAAAUGGACAGACCCCUCACGGACAGAGUGCUGGGGUACCUCCGCCUUUGCCCCUGGGAGAGACACUACUCCACGCCCGCUGCUCACGAGAUGCCGCCCAUAUUCAACUCCACCCACCCACACACCGCCCACCGCCUCUCCCUCGAGCCCUCAAUGCUCCCCGCCGCCUCACGCCCACUCCACCCACACCACGCCCAGUUCUUCCCUCAGGACCUCCAUCGACAGCAUCAAUACCAGCUAGACAGAACGCACUUCCCUACUUGAGGUGUGUGUGUGUGUGUGUGUGUGUGUGUGUGUGUGUGUGUGUGUGUGUGUGGUGAAUUGUAUGUGCUUAGUACUUAUAGUGACGUUGAUAAUAAUGGUAAUAGUAAUGAUAGUGAUAGUUGUAGUGGUAGUGGUAGCAAUGGUGAUGAUGAUGAUGAUGAUGAUAAUGAUGAUAUAGUAAUGAUAAUAAUAAUAGUAGUGAUAAUAAUGAUAAUUAUGAUAAUAAUAGUGAGAAACAAGCAUGAAAUACUUCGCAACUGUAUAAUAAUAGCGAUAAUAAUAAUAAUAAUAAUAGUAAUAAUAAUAGUACCAUCAACAACAACAACAACAACAACAACAACAACAACAACAACAAACGAAACUAAACGAAACAGAACAGUGACCACAAUGAAUGAAUGAACUUUUUUCAGUAUUUAAACUGAAAAAGAGAGACUUACUGAAAAAAAAGAGAAGAAAUUAAGAAAAAGAGAAAGAAAACGGGAAUUAAACAACCUUGAGAAAGUGAUAAGUUACUUGAGAGGUACCGGAAGGAGAGAUAAUGAUGAUGAUGAUGAUGAUGAUGAUGAUGAGGAAGAGGAGGAGGAGGAGAGGAGGAGAAGCGGUCAAAAAGAUACCAAACACCAAUAUUGCGAUAAAGAAGAGGAGGAAAAAGGCGAAAGAGGAGGAAGAGGAGGAGGAAAAAGGAGAGAGGAGGAGGAGGAGGAGGAAGAGGACGAAGAUUACAUGACAAGGAGAAUAAAAUGGGGUAAAGAAACUGAAUGAUAAAAAAAAAAGGAAAGAUAAUAAUAGUAUAGAAAUUAAGAUGGUGGUGGUUGUGGUGGUGAUGGUGAUGGCUGAUAGUGGUGAUGAUAGUCUUAGUCAUAGUGUAUUGUGAAGUUAGGUAGUAAUUCAGAUGAUGAUGAUGAUGAUGAUGAUGAUGAUGAUGGUGAUAAAAUGAAUACGUAAGAAGGUGAAAUGGUGAUGAUGGACAAGGAAUGGUGAUGAGAGAGAGAUGACCUUAAUGAUGAUGAUGGUGAAGAAGAAGAAGAAUACGAAAAAAAAGAGAAGGAGAAUGGGAGGAAAAAACGAAAGAAAAAAAAGAAAAAGAAGGACGAGAAAGAUAAUAAUAAUAAUAAUAAUAAUAAUAAUAAUAAUAAUAAUAAUAAUAAUGAUAAGAAGAAGAAGAAGAAGAAGGAAUAUAAAAAAAAUCACAAGAAGUACGAGGCUAAAGAGGAGAAGGAGAAGAAGAAAAGAAGAAGAAGAAGAAGAAGACGAAGACGAAGAAGAAGAAAAAAAGAAGAAAAAAUUUCACAAGAAGUACAAGGCUGAGGAGGAGACCAUGAUGAUGAUGAUGAUGAUGAAAAAGAAGAAGAAGAAGAAGAAGAAGAAGAAGAAGAAGAAGAAGAAUGUGAAGUAUAUCAAGCGAAUAAGCAUAUAAGAACAAAGGAAACACAAGGAGACCAGCCAGAUCACCAACACGUGGUAGUCCCUCUACAACACACACACACACACACACACACACACACACACCUACAUCUACCUAUCGUCCCUAUUCAUAAAUGUACCUCAGACUUUAAACCUCCCUAUUGACUGCACCAAGAACCUCGUAAUUUUAUUUAUUUAUUUAUUUAUUUAUUAUUUUUUUGGGGUACAUCAACUCGAUACAUUAAGAUUGGUAAAGGCCACAAGAAAGUAAGAAAAGAUGAAAAUAUUGAUCUAAAUUAACCUAACCUAACCUAACCUAACCUAACCUAACCUAACCUAAUCUAACCUAACCUAAGCUGAUAACUGUGUCGAUUCUAGUACAUAAAUUCGCUACAGUAAGAUUGGUAAAGGCCAGAAGAAAUAAGAAAAGAUGAAAAUAUUGACCUAACUUAACUUAACUUAACCUAACCUUCCUAUUGACUCAGAAGAACAAGGACAAUAUGAAUUAUGACGCAAAAGUGACGGAACGGACUGUGAUCCUUCUUCGUGUUUAUAAUAUAUUACCCUCGUUUACCUGCCUUGCUCCUCCUAUUGCUGUGUUAUCGUUAAGUUUUCAUUAAGUGUGAUCUGUGUAGUAUCAAAUUCUCCGUUACUUACACUUAUUACUUAAACUGCGCCGUGAAUGCUCCUAGGUUACUUGUGGCUAGUGUGUGUGUGUGUGCGUGUGUGUGUGUGUGUGUCGGGACUGAGAAGAGAAAGAAAACGUGGAGGAAGAAUAAGGAAGAGAAAAAGGAACAAGCCAGGAGAAAAAAGAGAAGAGGAGGAGAAAAGGUUUUAGAACUAGGAACAGAAGAAGAGGAGAAGGAGAAGAGGAGGAGAAGAUGAUAUUCAAACCACUCGCUCUUCACAUUACCUUACACUUCUCUCCCUAAUUACUAACUAAAAAGACACCACGAGCAUUACUACGUGUGGAAUAUAAACGGAGUCUCAAUAAGUUAGGUCCAAUAAGCCUGACGUGGGAAUGCUAACGAGGACCCACAGUAAGCCAUAACUCCCCGGACAUAAGGAUAAAAAUGUCUUGCUGGGAUUUAUUAAGUCAAUAUUCCGAAGCACUUCCGCGCUACACCUCCACUACUUUCAAAAGGCUCUAGUUGAAGUUACACGGGUUUUUUAAGGUGUUUUUACGGUUCAGAUGACAGAUUAACAAGAUUUCUACGUUAUUAACUGGAGAAACACUCUUAAGAACCCAGCCAAUCAUCUCUGUGGCCUUUGAAAACAGUCGUGAUGAAAGAGCUGAGUGUUUCUGAAUGCUGGCCACAUAUGUACAAGUCUGGCCUGCAUGGUGGGUCCUGUAUCUCCCGUUUUCUUCCGUAGCCCCCGUCGCUCUAGUGCCGCUGUUCCUUGUUUAUUAAUCGUGUUGCUUCGGCUUCAGUGCUUUGUCAGGUGGAGAAGGUGGUGGAGGGCGCGCAUGCGUGUCUAAUGCAGGUGUGGGAGGGCAGAGGCGCAGGUGGAGGUGGAGGAAGGACAGUUUUAAGUCCUGUAGAGGAAGAAAGACUCGUAUUUGUGGUGCCGUUUUUUCAUGCAGCCAGCGCUCGAGUCACGCACCGAAACAGUAUCCGAACCGUUUCGAAUCGUUGACGGGAGUUAUUAGUUAAUGGGGCUGAGGAACAAGUAGACCUGGUGUGGGGAUAAAGCGUUGUCAGAGCGAGAAACUUUAGAUGAAGCGGAUUUUCAAGGCUGUUUUUACGGUUCAAGUGACAAGUGAGCAAGAUUUCGACGUUAUGAACAAGAAAACACUCAUGAGAACUAAGCCCAUCGUCAUUGCGGCCUUUGAAAAUAGUCGUGGUGGGACAGUAAGGCGUUUCUGAACACGGGACAUAAUCUUUGCUUAGUUCCUCUUACCUUGAACCCGAAGGCGAUGCGUGGGUGAAUGCUGACUUCGCCCUGACCUCAUCCUACCUUCACCGUGACCUCGCCCCGCCACUGCUGCUUGUAAUCAACGAGUUUCAUGGCGCCUCGUACACCUUCCUAUCUAACCACGCCCUUUCCUCAGCUUGCAGUAACUCAAUCAUUUACACCCACGCCCACGCCAUGCACUCAUUAUCAUAUUGCCUGUUACUGCUGGACUGUUGAACAUUAGAACGUGGAGGCUUGUCAGGAUGUUGGGAGGACGUUCUUGUAGAGAUGAAGGAUGUGGGAGAGUGUAGGGAGGAAGGACUGAAGGAUACAAGCGUGGAUAUUGAGAUGGUCUUGUAGAGGUGAAGGAUGUUGAGUGUAGGGAUGAAGGAGUAAAGGACAGAAGCUCGUGAGGGGGAUAAGGAGCACACCCGUGGAGAUGGAUGGUCAAAAAAUACCUGUUUCCUUGAAUUGUGGUACCUUCAUCUCUUCAGCUUCACAUGGUUUAUCUCCCUCCAAACACUAUUAGUCUUUCUCGUUUCUUCUUUCUCCUCCUCUUCCUCUCCAUAUUCCAACCCCUCUCUCUCUCUCUCUCUCUCUCUCUCUCUCUCUCUCUCUCUCUCUCUCUCUCUCUCUCUCUCCUAUCUCUAUUCCAAACCCGCACCGUCAAUACCCCCCUGCUGCUUUCUUUUUCCCCUUUCCUCACUAUAUUUCAGUCACCCCUCACCGUCACUAUACCCCCCCCCUGCCCACCUCACCCUCAUUAUACCCUUCUGCCCCUGCCCUCCCUUCCCCCCACCUGUAGCUGCGUGUUCUGCAAUUACCUGUCUUUACCUGUCAGUUUCCGUGCUUACCUGUCCUAUAGACUUAAGUGGAAAGUCGUAUUUUUUUUCUCCCUGGAAACUCGUGGUCUUUGAGAUAUUUACCCGUCGACUAAUGAUUUCUGUACUUACCUGUUCAAUUAACUUACCUGGAAAUGUGUUGUAUCUAUGUUUGCUGGAAUAAUUAUGUACUUAUCAGAUCACGUGAUUUACCUGGGAGAUCGUUGUUUACCUAUAAGCUUACCUGGAAAUUCGGGAUCUUUAAUUACCUAGGCUGUUUUACCUGUACUGUUUUAUCUACUCAAUUCACCUGCCGCGCGUCCAGGUGUGUGUGUGUGUGUGUGUGUGUGUGUGUGUGUGUGUGUGUGCACUUAGCGGCGGUCGUGUACUCUUCCCCUUACCUGUGUACUCUAUUAGAGGCGCCGCGUCCUGUACUUACCUGGCGCCCACCUGUAGGCUACUCACCCACGCCUUUGUGUUCCAGGAGCCGCGAGUGAGCUGCACAAAGUAUAGAUGUUGAUUGUUGGUUGAAUAAAGUGUAUUUUAGAGUAA